AUGGAAGUAAAUAACUUUGCCGAAUUAAAAGAUGGCGAUUCAACACGGUCUCUCGUGUUAAUAGAAGCGCCAUCUAUAAUAGCAAUUACGAAGCCGAAGUCGGAUGGAAAUAUUAAAAAAAAGCGUCGUCGCGGCAAAACAAAGCGAAAAAUUAUUAAACCGUAUUUAAAGAUCUCUUGGCAAGAAAGAAGAAAAAAUGAAGUGAGGAACAACUCUAAAAGAAACAAUCGAUUUCGUAAAAUCGUUUUAGCUAAAACUCAAGCGCCUUUUAACAACAAUCAAUUUUUGAUGGAAAUUCAUAAACCUGAACCAGAAAAUAAUAUCUUUAGGACACCUUCAGCCAGAACGCGUGAUUCAAGUUUCAGUAUUGAUUCUGAAGAUAAUAAUUAUUUUUUUCCUUUACCUGAGGAUGAAGAAGAAUAUUUGACGAAAGAGUUUUCUAGUGUUUAUGAAGACGCACAAUGUGAACGUUUGUCUAACAUGUCUAAAAAUGAACUAAUUGAAGAAUAUCUUCUAUUGGAAGCAAAGUAUGACACUCUUGUUAAAAGAGCGGAACGAUAUAAACCAAAAGACUAUGAAGAAGGCAAAAAUGUAGCUGUUGCUGACAAAGAUUUAAAUUCUGAUUCUUUGAAUUCAAUAAAUGAAAGUGAUAAUUCAAAUACAGAUAAUAUUAAUAUAGGAGACAAACAGGCUUUGUCAGACAUUUUGCAACAGCUUAAAGAACAGGAAGAGCAAAUUAGGGAACUUCAACUAGCAAAUGAGCAGUUGAAAGUUCAAAAUGAACACUUACAACAAAACAAUCAAACUAUGAGUGAAGAUUCUGAAAGUGAUAGUUCUUCCAGCUCAGACAGUUGCAGUACUUCAAGCAGUAACUCAAGUCCUAUUCAUGAACCAGAUGUGGUUACCAAUGAUAAUCUACCUAACCAAGUGAAUGGAAUCGAAGAUUCUAACAUUGUCGAGAAUGGACACAACCAUGUGAAUGGUUUUCAUUCACCAACAGAAUAA